AUAAAGCAUGUAGCUUUUGGCUGGCCUUUUUGCAUAUCGAUUGUACGUGUCCUUUGAACGACAAAUUAUUAUCAAUACUUAUUCCAAGAAGUUUUUGUUCUUUACUUGGUUUAAUUAUCGUUUUAUCUAUUUUCAGAGAUGUGUCAUUGCUGCCUUUACCAAAAUUUAUAAGGUGGCAUUUGUCCCCAUUCAUUUUCAUAUAAUUAUAUUGAAACCAUUCUCUCAAAAUAACUACGUCUUGUUCUAGUAUUUUAGUAGCCUGCUUAAUGUCUUGGUGGAUGACAUAUAGCGUUGUAUCAUCAGCAUAAUUGCAUAUUUGGCUAUUUGAUAUAAACAUAAACAUGUCAUUUAUGUAUAUAUUGAACAAAAGAGGUCCCAAAACUGAUCCUUGUGGCACACCUAAACUCGUGGUUUUCCAUUCACUGAAAGAGCCGUUUAUUUUGACUCUUUGUUUUCUCUGGCUAAGGUACGAAAAUGUGAAAUUCAAGGCGCUUCUACUAAAACCAUAAGUAUUGAGUUUAGCAAUCAUUAGGUCAUGAUUCAGACAGUCAAAUGCUUUUGACAGAUCCAUCAAUAGUGCACUGGCUGUUUCUUUAGUAUCUAGAGCUUUUUUGCAAUUUUCUAUGAGUCUGAGUAAUGUAUGUUGGGUGCUAUAAUUCCUUCUGAAACCACAUAGCAGUGGUGAUAGAAAACCCUGAGCGAAGGGAGUAAUUUGUGAUUCCAUGAUUCUCUUAUAUAUUUUUGAUGCUGACGGUAAGGUAGCAAUUUAUCUAUAAUUUUUCUUACUGAAUUUAUCAUCUUUUUUAUGUGUCAGUUGAACCACAUGUAGAAAAGCCUUCAAUAGAUAUUCUAGGCUUCUACAGAAACAAAUAUUGUUUCUUGCAACGUUAAUGAGCCACACGCUCAGACACCGCGCAUCAGUCUAAAAGUAGCGGGGCUGACAAGGGCGUUACCAAAAUUUUUGAGGUUGGAAAACGCCGGAAAACGUCCCUUUUAGAAAAUGCUUGCCUAUUUCCACUGAUUUUUUCAUAAACAGUCUGAUUAAGAGAAGAUAUUAAUGUCUAUAAGAGAAAAUUAGCUUGAUGAUAAUAAAACAUCAAGCUAAUCAAGUUAGAAAACCCAUCAUAUCAUUAAACAAGAUAAAACACCUAGAAAAUGAACAAAAAAGGUUUCCCAGUCAAGAAGUACGCUAGUACUUGAAACCCCUUAGAGUAAACUUUCCAAAGUUGCGUGAGAGUAAACUUUCUAAUAAAAAUUCAAACCUAUUUUUGCAGAAAUGCUAGGGGGCUAUAGCCCCUGCUAGCACAAUGGCUGUGCGGUGCCUGGACAUGCUGUCCUUCUUCGGAAAUUUAGAUAAGGUUGUCCCCUCUGCGGAACUAAAGUCACGACUCCCUUGCAUGUACCUUGGGCGGCGCCAGAGGGGGGCUGGAGGGCGUCAGCCCUCCCCUACGUUUUUGCAAAAAAAGUGUUUUUAAGAAAAUAAAAAAGAAUAUUGGAUAUCAUAAAUUAGUGAAUUCCAUUUUAACACUGGAGUUUAUCAAACGCAAUAAAAGCAUGAAGAGACUGGAAAAAAGUUUGUUGUUUUAUAAAGAACUUGCAUAGAGGACUGGCUACUUUUUUACAUGGUUUCAAUUACAUUAAAUAUUUUGCCUCUUAAGUCCUAUACCUAAACUAAAUUCCUUCUUCAAUGGCAAAAUGAAGAAAGUGAAAUGUGGCAAAGUGGCAAGUACACUCAGAAGGCCUCGUUUCGGAGCAAGUUAGAUUACCUUUUUUCAGUGGCCUAAUUUUUGCCAGUUGCUGGACUUGGAAGAUUACGUUGAGAUCUUAAAACCUUUAAGAAUAGCUGAAGGAGUGCUCAAGCUCAACUGUAUACAGAGCUUACAGGUGGCAGCACCAGCGAUCUAAUUUCGUGUUUCAAGAUUGACAAGUUUUCUUUGUUUGGGCCUAGUAGGCCAAUCAGACAGGUACGUGAUGUGUAAGAAAAGGGGACAGCAUUUAACACGCAUUUUGGGUAAAAAUGAAGUUUAAAAGCACCUCGGAAUGUACGGAUAUUUUGCAAGAAGAAAAAGAGGAAGAAAAUAAGACUCAGAAAGGUGAAGAAACGAGAUCUAAUAAAAAGAAAAAGAAAAAACAAACUGAGACCAAAGCAGGAAGAAAUCCGACUGCCGAAGAGAAGAAAGACAUGAUGACGGUAAUAACAUCUGAGAAGGCAACAUCAAUGGAUGUUAACGAAAUGCUGAAGGUUUUGAAUUCUGAUAUAAAGACUGGACUUUCAGACAGUGAAGCCAAAAGGCGUAAAAGAUUGUACGGUGCAAAUGAAUUUGAUGUUGGUGGAGAUGAGCCUCUUUGGAAAAAAUAUAUAUGUCAGUUCAAAGAGCCAAUGAUAAUAUUGUUGUUAGCAAGUGGUCUUGUCAGCAUCAUAAUGCACCAAUAUGAUGAUGCUAUCAGCAUAACUGUGGCCAUUAUAAUAGUGGUUACAGUUGCAUUCGUCCAAGAAUAUAGAUCUGAUAAAUCGGUACAGGCAAUAACCAAACUAGUUCCACCAAGCUGUCACUGUUUGAGGGAUGGUGAAUGGAAAACAUUUUUAGCUGCAGAACUUGUGCCAGGGGAUAUUGUCUUUUGUGAUGUUGGUGACAGGGUGCCAGCAGAUAUAAGACUUUUUGAGGCAAUUGAUUUACAAGUUGAUGAAUCAAGUUUUACUGGGGAAACAGAACCAGCUACAAAGUUUACAAAUGUGCAAUGUGAGAAAGGAAGUGGUAUAUCAGCAAGAAGAAACCUCUCUUUUAUGGGAACAUUGGUGCGAUGUGGCAGAGGAAAGGGGAUAGUGUUUGGUACUGGAUUAAAUUCUGAGUUUGGACAUGUGUUCAACAUGAUGAAAUCUGAAGAGCCUCCAAAGACUCCUCUGCAAAAAAGUAUGGAUAUCCUUGGGAAGCAGUUGUCAUCGUACUCAAUGUUGAUAAUCGGCUUCAUAGUUCUGCUUGGCUGGCUGCAGAAUCGCAAAAUUCUUGAAAUGUUCACAAUUGGUGUCAGUUUGGCAGUCGCUGCGAUCCCGGAAGGACUACCAAUCGUCGUAACAGUUACUUUAGCAAUUGGAGUGAUGCGAAUGGCCAAAAGAAAUGCGAUAGUGAAAAAGUUGCCAGUUGUAGAGACCCUGGGUUGUGCAAGUGUCAUUUGCUCAGACAAAACGGGCACGCUCACAAAAAACGAAAUGAAAGUCACAGAGUUAUAUCUUGCUGAUGGCCGACGACUAGAGGUAUCUGGUGUUGGUUACAGCGGCCAUGGCCAAAUUUUCUUGGAAGACGAGGCAGCUAAUGAUUAUACAGAUACUGGGUUAACAAAUCUCGUCAAGGCUAGUUGUAUUUGCAACAAUGCUCAGAUAAAAAAUGGCACACUCAUGGGACAACCAACGGAAGGAGCAAUGUUAGCUGUCGGACUCAAGCUCGGUUUGGUUGGAAUAAAUGAUUUGUACGAAAGGACAGAAGAAAUACCGUUCAACUCUGAUCGCAAGUGGAUGGCUGUAAAGUGUAAAAAGCUAUAUUCGUCUCUUGAGGAACCAGCUGAACUUUACUACUUGAAAGGCGCCCCUGAAAGGGUUCUUAGGCAGUGUAAGCACUGGGGCUCGACAAUCAACCAGCAAAGUCUGGAAGAACCUGACUACAGCAGAAUCAUGGAAAGGUCAAAAGAGAUGGGGAUGCGAGGCCUCAGAGUGAUUGCUGUAGCAUUUGGAUCAGACUUGCAAUCAAUGACGUAUCUUGGAAUAAUGGGCCUAAUGGAUCCACCCAGAAACGGAGUCCCAGAGGCCAUCCAAGUUUUGAAUCGGAGUGGCGUUUCCGUUAAGAUGCUGACUGGUGACGCGCGAGAAACUGCCGUUGCGAUAGGUAAGAUGCUUGGUUUGAAAAACGAGUCUUCGAUCACUUUGUCUGGAGAACAAAUUGAAUCAAUGGAUUCUUUUGAUUUAGAGAGUGUUAUUGAAGAGGUUUCCAUCUUUUACCGGGUUAGCCCUAAGAACAAAGUUACAAUUGUCAGGGCUUUACAGCGGUGUGGCCAUGUGGUUGCCAUGACAGGAGACGGCGUUAACGAUGCUGUUGCACUUAAAAGGGCAGAUAUUGGCAUUGCCAUGGGAAAAAUUGGCACUGACGUCAGCAAAGAGGCUGCAGACAUGGUUCUGGUAGAUGACGAUUUCAAAACCAUAAUGGCGGCGAUAGAGGAAGGAAAAGGAAUCUAUUAUAACAUCAGAAAUUUUGUGAGAUUUCAGCUAAGCACGAGCAUAGCCGCGCUGUCACUCAUUACAAUUUCAACACUCAUGAAAUUUCCAAAUCCACUCAAUGCAAUGCAGAUUCUGUGGAUAAAUAUCAUUAUGGAUGGACCGCCUGCACAAAGUCUUGGCGUUGAACCAGUCGACAAAGAUGUGAUGAGCAGACCUCCAAGGAAAGCUUCUAACCCAAUGAUCACGAAGUUCCUUGUGUUUCAAGUCAUCUCAUCUGCCUGUCUAAUUGUUCUUGGCACAUUGUUCAUAUUUUGGCGCGAGAUGGCUGACAACAUUGUAACACCACGUGACACAACCAUGACUUUCACUUGCUUUGUCUUCUUCGAUAUGUUUAAUGCCUUAAGUUGUCGCUCACAGACGAAGUCGAUUUGUGAAAUUGGCUUCUUCAGCAACAAGAUGUUCAUCUAUGCGGUCGGGGGGUCAAUUAUUGGACAAAUGCUGGUUAUUUACACACCCCCCUUGCAGUCCGUGUUUCAGACAGAAGCACUUAGUGCUCUGGACCUGUUGCUGUUGGCAUCUAUAGCUUCUUCUGUUUUUAUUCUAGACGAAAUACGAAAAUUAUUUUUGAAAUUAAAGACAAAUAGGAAAAAACGAGGCGAUAAAUUGGUUGGAUUAGUGUAAUUAUCGUUAUUAUAACCAGACCAUUUUAACAUCGUUUCAACCCAACGCAUUGAUCGAUUGAUAGAAAGUGGGUUUGGAAAUGUAUUUAUUGUUACGAUUAACGUAACAAAAUAUCGCAUCUGAUUACGAUUAAUUAAGGCGACAGAACAAUGAAAGAGAAAAUGGAUGAGAUUAAUAUCGACAAGUUAACUUUAAAAGAUUGGGAUUAUUAAUUAUCAUGCUAUCGAUAUUUCUCAUUGCUUUUCGUCCAUCCCAUUGCUAAAAAUAUUAUAUUGGCCACGUUUCAAUUCAAAUCGAGUCAAAGUAGUUGCAAAGAUUCGAUAACGCAGAAAGUGCCUGGCCUAAGGUAGUUUUUAAUGUUUUAAAAGAGCAUGGAUUAAAUAUUCAAAUGUUGUGUUUUGCUUGUAGUUUUUUACUUUUAUGUCAAUAGUAACAUCAAGCCCCCCUUCUCCCCCCCCUCACCCUCAUAAUCCAAAUUUGUAUAUGGUCCUUGCAAAAAUUAUAUUAUUGUAAAUAAGACCCCGCUCGAAUGAGCUUACGUGGAUAGUGUUGUUCUUUAUUCACUACCUCUUUGCCAGGUAUAUCUAUAUUGCAAAGUUUGGUACCAAACAAAACUCCGUUUUGGUACGUUUUGUUCUUUGGAGGAGCAAAGACCCUAGGGCAGACAACGCGAUAUGAUUGUGGGGUUAUUUUUUGAACACUUGAAGUUUGUAGGUACUUAAAGUUUUUUUGUAAGGAUUAUAAUUUCGAGACGGAGAUUGUGGGAUGAGAGGCAAGUUUUGACGCCAAAAACGACGACAAUAACCUUAUUAAUUGAACUGUAAACAAAAUUCACUUAUUGUAGGGCUACAUCUGUCUUGAAAAUGGUGUUGAUAUUAAAUUUUCGCCUAGCAUUCCUUGGUUUUUUCGAUUUUAUGCUGUCAAACGUAACAGCAACAUAAAGUUACUAUAUUUCAUUUAUUACAAUCCCAGCUUCCAGUAGCACUUUGUGAUGCAUAUAUUCAGCAACUCCUUAAAGAUUUAAUAGGUGAACUUUAAAAAGGAUCACACUUUGAUGUAUUUUUUGACAGUGAUAGAUUUUUUUUUUUUGCAAAAGAGCUUAAAAUUAAUUUUUGAUUAACACCAAUAAACGGUUUAAAAUGCUCGAAUCCUUAAGAUUGUUACCUAUGUUUAUUUUCCAGAAAAAGUUCCAUUUAAUCGAAACCUAUUAACGAACCUGUUAUACAAAUCUGUUAAUAUUUUAUUUAAUGAUCUAUGAUUCACAAUUCAGUCGUUAUAUUUAUUAUCUAAUACGAAUGAAAAUAAUUUGUUUAUGUUUGUUUACAUUUGAA